AUGGCCUCCAUUUUCGAACCGUCGCUCUCGACGAGCCGCGCGCCCACGGGCCCGUCCAUGGCCGACACGCUGCCCAGCAUCAACUUUGGCUUCGACGAGCUGCGCGACCGCAUGGCCAAGUUCACCGUCAAGUUCGACGCCUUCAUCGAGCAGGGGCGCAAGCGGGUGCUCGAAGAAAGGAACCAGUUCCGCAUGAACGUGACGGAGCUGCAAGAGGACCAGCGUAUGAAGAAGAAGGACAUUGAGAUCCUGCAGCUCAAGACCAGCACGCACCAGCAGACCAUGGCCAAGGAGGCGGCCGAGACGCGCGAGAUGCAGGGGGCGAUCGCGGCACUGACGGCGCAGCGGGACGCGCAAGCGACGACGCGCGACGGGCUGCGGGCGCAGAUGGCGGCGACGCAGCGCGAGAUCGAUGGGCGACUGGCGGCGCAGCGCGCGCACGCGGAGCGGCUCGAGGCGCAGGCGCGCUUUAACGUACCGGAGCUGGACUUUUGGGUGACGAAUCUGUGCCUGCGCAUCGAGGGCGCCGGCGCCGAGGACCGCCUCAAGUUCGUCUACACGCACGUCGACGAGCGCAGCUGGGACCGCGAGGCCUGGUUCGAGCUCAGCACCGGCAGCCGCGACUACGACGUGCGCCACUGCCGCCCCAAGCUCGAGAAGGACAAGGUCGAGCGCGUGCUGGAGCGCGUGAAUGAGACGCGCGAGCUGGCCGUGCUGCUCAAGGGCAUGCGCGAGCUAUUUGUCGAGGCCCUCAAGUCGUAG